AGAUCUGUAAACUCGUAGACGACGACUAUGCAGUGUUUCGUUUGGAAAUAACUCAAAGCCAGAAAGAAAACAGGACAUUGCGUAGGAAACUACAGCUAUUGGAACUGAAGGUGGUACGGGAGCGCGCAGAGAGGACAAUUAGAGAGCGCGUCCGCGCCAGUCGUCCCUGUAGUGUCAAGAUCCUCGACCAAUACAAAGGAAUGGCAAGAGGUGAAGGACAUCUCACUGGAGGCCACAUGAUCUCUGUGAAGCCAGCAGGACACAAUACAUGGAGAGAUGACCAACCAAUCACUGUUGAUGAGGGAAGUGGAUCUUCAACCCAGCAUGUUAUUGUGAUAGAGUCUGCAGAUGCAGAGGCUUCUGGAGGAUCGUCUCUGGUCAAACAGGACAGGACUGAAGGAGAGGACCUACGAGACAUCCAGACUAGAGCAGCGGCUGGCGUGGCGCCCCCUGUAGCCACGGAGGACCUCGCCACCACGCCCCAUCCAAGGACCCGACGCAGCAUCACGGAGGUCAGUGGAAUGCUGGACGCUGUCCUCAAGUCAGAGACAGACACCGAGACUUUAACUGUAACACACAGGCUCUUACACACUGGAUYUGACCACAGAUCAGACCCAGAGAGACUGGGGCUGAGGCGACUAAGCUGUCCUCCUGCUCCCGGGUCAGAGUAUUUACUUUACGGUAACCCGAUCCCGAGGACGGUUCAUUCCCAUCGGGACUCAGGUUACGCGUUAGAAACGGGAAAUGAUCCGUCUUGUUCCUACACAACAGAGAUGGACCCUGACAACAUGCCCUUGAUUUUAGAAACACAGACUGAUCUGUCUAGAGGGGACUGGAACCGGUACAGUAAUAGUGUAUACUCUGAAGGGUGCCUAGAUAAGACAGGGGAGGGUAUAGUGGUAGAUGAGGUGAAAGUGGAGGGUGACGCUCCUCUGACAUGGAAUGUAGACGAUACUAAUUUAGGAGAAGGACACUCACAGAGCAGAGAUUUGUUAGAUUACAGGGAAAGCUUAGAGACAAAUCCAAGCAUCGAGACCCACUCCCCUUUACAUGCGCUCAGGGAUCGCGACCCAGUGUCCAAGUCAAUGGACCAUUCCGAUUCACACAUUCUUUUUGAUCAGGUUUUGAACUCAAAUGACCAAGGGGCCAAGGUUUUGGGAGGGGGAGCAACAACAGGCAGUAGUAAAGAGAAGCGGUUCCUCUGCAUGUUCUGUAACAAAGGCUUCAGCUGCCUCCAGAAGGUGGAGAUCCACCAAAGGGUCCACACAGGGGUGAAACCCUUCAGCUGUACCCAGUGUCACAUGCGUUUCACYGAGGCUGGCAAACUGAAGAGGCACCAGAGGGUCCACACAGGGGAGAAACCCUUCAGCUGUACCCAGUGUCAGAUGCGCUUCGCCCAGGCUGGGCACCUGAAGAGGCACCAGAGGGUCCACACAGGGGAGAAACCCUACAGCUGCCCCCAGUGUCAGAUGUGCUUCGCCCAGGCUAGCAACCKGAAGAUGCACCUGAAGGUCCACACGGGAGAGCGGCCGUUCGCCUGUACGCACUGCGGGAAGAAGUUCUCAGAGAGGAGCUACCUCAGGAUACACCAGCAGAAAAACCAUUCCACUCUAUAACAUAGAAAGUAACCAUUCCACUUGAUCGCUUCUGACGUGUAGAUCAAAUGCUGCAUUAAAGUCAAAGAUGAAUUUUCAUUGUUGUCAGCAGAAAAUAUCCGCAGAUGCAUUUGGAAUAACGAGUAAUACAGAGGGGUUGGGUUAAAUGUGGAAGACACAUUUCAGUUGAAGGCAUUCAGUUGUACAACUGACUAGGUAUUCCCCWUUCCCUAAUAGAUUUCAGUGUUGAAUAUUCCUGGGUUGAAUAAUGCAUCCAGGCAUUGUGUGAUCUACAWGCCUUAAAAGUCUGUUGUAUAUUGUGCUUGUACUGUGUAAGCGAUAUGUUUAUAAAUGCCUAUUUCAUUACUUCCAACUACUUAAUGAGAAAAUGAAUGCAGUUUUAUCAAGUUCAUACAGAUUUUUUGUUGACAUGCAUGUGAGGUUUUUAUAUGGAGUAUUUAACACUUAAAUACAUAACCAUAUACAGUUUGAAAAUGGCAGAGUUGGGCACUAAUAAGCAAACAUGUAUGGGUUUUGACUGAGGGAAAUGCAGUAAAUUAAGAUGACUCGA